GCGUCCGCUGUCUGAUCGGUGGCCUCGCCGCGCCGCGCCGCUCCGCGCCAUGAGCUCCAUCGGCACCGGGUAUGACUUGUCAGCUUCUACAUUCUCUCCAGAUGGAAGAGUUUUUCAAGUUGAAUAUGCCAUGAAAGCCGUGGAAAAUAGCAGUACAGCUAUUGGAAUCAGAUGUAAAGAUGGAGUCGUCUUUGGGGUUGAAAAAUUAGUCCUUUCUAAACUUUAUGAAGAAGGUUCUAACAAGCGACUUUUUAAUGUUGACCGGCAUGUUGGGAUGGCAGUAGCAGGUUUGUUGGCAGAUGCUCGCUCCUUAGCAGACAUCGCAAGAGAAGAAGCCUCCAACUUUAGAUCUAACUUCGGCUAUAACAUCCCACUGAAACAUCUUGCCGACAGAGUUGCCAUGUAUGUACAUGCAUAUACGCUCUACAGUGCUGUUCGACCUUUUGGCUGCAGUUUCAUGCUCGGGUCUUACAGUGCGAAUGACGGUGCACAACUUUAUAUGAUUGACCCAUCAGGUGUUUCAUAUGGCUAUUGGGGCUGUGCCAUCGGCAAAGCCAGGCAAGCUGCAAAGACAGAAAUAGAAAAGCUUCAGAUGAAAGAAAUGACCUGUCGGGAUGUUGUUAAAGAAGUCGCGAAAAUAAUUUAUAUAGUGCAUGAUGAAGUCAAGGAUAAAGCUUUCGAAUUAGAGCUCAGCUGGGUCGGUGAAUUAACUAAGGGAAGACAUGAGAUUGUCCCAAAAGACAUCAGGGAAGAAGCAGAAAAAUAUGCUAAGGAAUCUUUGAAGGAAGAAGAUGAAUCAGAUGAUGAUAAUAUGUAAAAUAUGUAGCUAAAUUUACUUCAGCAUUGUUACCUUUUCAGUUUCUAGUAACAGUCUUCUGUAAGUGUCUGGCCCUGUGGAUUAUUAUAUGCCCCAUACCAUUUUCAUUAAAUUUGUCUUACGAUUA